UAGCGCCCCCUGCAGGUGUGAACAAGCGACAUUUUGUACAUUUUUUGACUGGAUUUUCUCGAAAUUAACUAAAUUAAAUACGGAAUCAUGCCAUAGAUGGAUUGAUAAAUGCGCUUAAAUAAAAGGAAAUUUAAACAGGUAUUGAAGAGUCCUGGAUUUAAAAGUCUGCAAAUAUUCUUGACAGUUUUCGCGAUUCCUGGAGUUAAGUUCUUUCACAUUUCUGGAGAAUUUUCAUGAUGUGAUGCCACUCUGCACAGACCAGAUUAGUUAUUGCUUAUAGUCAGACAUAGAAAGUCUUGUUACAUGGAUUCAUUGAAUAGGAGUCAGUGUUACAGACGAUUAUUUAUCGCCCCAUUGUGUUUUAUUAUUCAUUGUGUUCAUUUCUUCAGAAAGUGCUUAAUAAAUUUUAUUACUGUAUCUAAGUAACUAAAAUUAAAGUCUAUGUUAUAGUGCUAUAUAAAUAAUUGUAAAUGAUUAAUUUUAAAUACAUUGCGUAGUUUACAAAGAAGCUACAGGAAGAUUAAUGUUUUUAGCACAAAAAAGCCAAGGAAUUUAUUUAUUACAAUUGAAUCAAGAGUCUAUAAUUUUCUUAUUUUUUGACUAAAUUUCUGCUGGAUUUAAGUUAAGGAGAAAAAAUGGCUGAGCACAGUGAUUUGGUGGCAGAAAUUGCCAGUGUGGAGAAAAUGACCACUCCAGAUCGAUUAAAACAUGCAAAGAAACGGAGAUCCCAACAAUUGAAGCGAUUUGCAAAUUAUGAAAAACAACUUGAAAAAGACAAGAAUAAAAAGAACAAACAGUCACAGAAUCAAAGACGGACAAGAAAACGUGCACGAGUGAAGUUCAUACAUAAUAUAAUGUUACUGGAGGCAGCGGCACGAAAUGAUGUGGAGGAAGUUCGGAAGUUGUUAAUGGCUGGUGUGAGUCCAGAUGUCACCAACGAAGAUGGUCUGACAGCUCUACAUCAGUGCUGUAUUGAUGAUAGUGAAGAAAUGUUAAAACUCUUGCUUGAGUUUGGUGCUAUUGUGAAUGCACGUGACAGUGAGAUGUGGACACCAUUACAUGCUGCAGCCACAUGCGGACAUGUGCAUCUAUGCAAACUACUGAUUGACAAAGGUGCUGAAUUGCUAGCAGUGAAUGCAGAUGGUAACAUGCCCUAUGAUAUCUGUGAGGAUGAAGUGUGCCUAGAUUUUAUAGAAACAGAAAUGGCUAAAAGAGGUGUAACUCAGGAAGAAAUUGAUGAUAAACGAUUGGAGACAGAAAGACUAAUGCUGACUGACCUUAAAAAACUGGCUGCAGAAAAAGGCAACUUGGAGUACAGAGAUAGAAACUGGGCAACACCGCUCCAUGUAGCUGCAGCCAAUGGUUAUCUAGAUGUAGUAGAGUUUCUUGUUAAUCAGAGGGUAUCAAUGGAGGUUAGGGACGAGGAUGGGUGGUUGCCUAUACAUGCUGCAGCUUGCUGGUUACAGCCUGAAGUUAUAGAAAUGUUAGUGAAAAGUGGAGCUGAUAUAGAUGCUAAAACAAGAACAGGGGAAACACCAUUUGAUUUAGCUGAAGACCCUGAUGUUAAACAAAAGAUACUGGACUUGAAAGAUGAACUUGAGACACAUAAAGCAAGUCGAUCCAAGGACCAUAUACGCAACAGGAGAGUUAAUACUCGCGGUCUCUAUUCCAGUACGGGUUCUCUAUAUAGUUCCAAUGGUUCUCUAAAUGAGAAACCUGCAUCACACGGUCACAGGUCAUCUAGUUCUUCAUUGAAACAGUCAUUAAAUACACCAAGUGCUUCAAUACGACGUACGAGCAUGCGAGGAGAAAAACGGCCAUUGUUUAAAAAGGAGGCAAAGGAAGAGGCCCUUCAUCCAUUUGGUCAGAGUAUUGGUAAUGAUGAUGAUGACAUCAUGGGAGAAUUUAUGGAUGAUGACAAGGAGAAAGUACCAGCUACAAAUAUUGAUGAUGUAAAAAUCAGCAUAAUUGAGGAUGAACCUGACAAACAUCGACAUCGACAUGACCACAAGGAACGACAUGACCACAAGGAUCGACAUGAACACAAGGAUCGACAUGAACAGACAGAGAGGCACAAAACAGAAAAACCUGACUCAGUAAAAGUAUCAAAAGGUGUGUCUCCUAAUUCAAGAGAACAAGUUAGAAACUCUCAAAAAGCAAAAGAGAGCGUUCCAAAUGAACAAGUUGCUCAGGUCACUUCAAGAGGUGAAUCCCACCGGAACAAAAGUGCUGAAAAUGAAUCACGGAAAUCUGAUUUACAGAGGAACAUUCAUGCGCCUGAGCCUAUACAUGUUCACAUGGGCAGGGCUGAGUCAGAUUCUCAAGCAGGGUCACAUUCCCAACAAGACACAAACAGGUCACGGGAAUCUCGACCACAGAGUGGUAAUGCUGAAAAUAAACCACAGGUGACCAGUAACCAGCCAGUGGCACCAAAUCCACAAGUUAAACACAUUCAAGGUAGUUCUGGAAUAUCUAGAACUCCAUCAUUCCAGAAAAAGCGAGAAUCACAAAGGAGGAGAAGUCUGGAACAUUUAUUAAAUGCAUCUGAACAAACUGAAGAAUCAGAACAGGCACGGCAUCCUACUGGAACAGGAACAGGAACUCUAGCUGAUCUGAAAAAACAGAGAUCAGAACAGCAUAAAUUUGGCAAUGGUUUGGAUGCCCAGGUGCAGAGCCUAUUUUUACACAGUUUAUCAGGUGAUGGUAAGAAAUACAGCAGUAGCAGUGCACAAAGUCCUCCGCAAACAAACAAAGAGAGCACACAAAAUGGUAAAAAUGUGAAGAACAAUAAUAACAACACAACAGGUCAGUCACGGCCGCCAACUUUUAUUUCAGAUAAUGGACCUUUACGGCGUUUUUCAGCGCCAAGUUCAGCACCAGUUAUAGGCGAGGAUGAUAAGUUUAAAAAUGAUUGUUGUGUGAUUUUGUGAUCUGUUUAGCCAGUAGCAGAAAUUCCAGAAUUAAUUGUUAAUUUUUUAAUUUUUUUUUGAUAUUGUUACUUAUAUUUUUUACCCGCCAAAGUAAUUUUUGUAUGAUAAAGUUUGGUAUGUGAAAUGGAAGAGGAUCUUUAUACUUGUGUGAUAUAAAUAUUGACAUAUCUUGUGUAUAUAGUGCACAAAAUUGUAUAGAAGAGAAUAUUAUACUUGUUUAAAAUAUAUGUAUAUAGCGAUAGGCAGGCCUUUUACAAAUUUUAGAAUGUAUAUUUAAUACAUUUAACUGUGUUUUGUGUAGAUUAAUAUAGAAUAUAGGAACAUAGUUGACACUGUAUUUUUUGUAUUUUAAACAUGAUCUAUUGCUUGAGUUGAUAUAUUCAAGACAAGCUGCUUAUUUAGUUAUAUAGAUUAUGGUAACAGGUCUUAAGACAUUCGUAUGUUUAAUGUGGUUGACUCACAGUGGCAUACCGUACCUUUGAAAUUGGUAGUAUGUUAAACCAAUGUUGAAACCUUUAUUUCCAACUUCAGUUGUAGUUUUGAUAUUCAUAGUAGGUGGAAGAUGUUUUGAGAGAAAAGCUUAUUUGUAGGAAAAAAGAUAUAAUCAUUAUGCUGUAACAGUAUAAUCAGAAUGUUUGCCAUUGCAGAGUUUUAGCACUUUAGAUUGAAACUGCUUUUUUGGAAAAAGUGUACUUGCUUUUGAUCAGCUUAAAAAGUAUAAAAAGUAGUAUUUAUAUGAUGUGUGCUGUUAUAACAGAGGCAUUACUCAAGAUUUAUGUCCAGUAUAACUCUAGUGUAAGUCCACUUGUUAUAACAGAGGCAUUACUCAAGAUUUAUGUCCAGUAUAACUCUAGUGUAAGUCCACUUGUUAACAAAUCAGUUGAGGUAAAUAAAAAAGUUAACUUCAAACAAUUCAGUGUGGUAAUGUAUAUGUAUUUAUUUAUAACAAACUCCUGUGUAGUCUGUUAAAUAGAUUAAAUGAGGGCUUGAAAGCAUUAGUCCUGCACUGGUUAUGUGAUAUGAAAUAGAAACACUGUACUAAUAUAAUACUCAUGAAAUACCUUGUACUUCUAAAAAACUUUGCUGUUUAUAAUACAAAGAUCAGAUGUGAGUUAAGGUUGAAAUAACUUGUAUGGAAAUAGUGAUGUAUUUUUCACAUCAUAGGCAAUAACUCUUGCAUUUUGUGAACUACGGCAGAUAAAACAAGAUGUAAUUCUUUAAGGAGAAUUAUUGUAUUUGAGAAAAUGUAAAAUGGAGAUAUGGCAAAAAGGUGAGCAACUUUGAUAAAGAGCAAAAUACCUAAUGAAAAUUCAUUUCAUAUAACAUCAAUGCAAGAAAUCAAAUAUUUGACAGACACUGCAAAGUACAGUUAAUUUAAUGGUUCUUUUUAUAUACAUUUAUAGAUAUACAACAAUUUAAAGAGUUAGAUAAAAUUUUAUCUGAGAAACCAGUUGAUACAUAAAUAUUUUGAAAUAUCCAGAAAGUCUGUUAAUAGUAUUUCACUAAUUGAAAAUGCUUGUUUUGUGCUGCUUAGCAAAAUGUCAGCUUAAACUAUUAACUUUUAACAUUUAUACACUAUUGCCAUAUUUCAAUAUUAACUCCCACAGAAAAUGUACCAAUAAUGAGAUAGAAAUAAAAAGCAUCUGAAUACAGUGGAAAACAAUUGCUAAGUAUCUUGUUGACAUUGCAUAUUAAUUCUGUAUAGAAUGCUGAUAUUUGUGGGGAAUAUUCAAGGAUUGAAACAGCUUCGGUCAAAUGAUGUUUUCCAUUGAAAUUAAACAAAACAUCUGAUGAUUUGUUUUGCCAUGCAGUUCUUUUACAAGAUUCAGUAGCAUGUUGUCAAGAGUACAUCAUAGUUUUUGUUCAGUACAUGACAGGUGAAACUAUUGUAUAUUUCUAUAUAUAUAUAAAAGUCAGUAAAGUCCUUUUGCAGGAAUAGAAUAUUAAAAAGUUCAGUUGCCAGGAAGUAAUUUUAAUUUUUCACUGCAAGCGCUUUUAAUGUUGAACAUAUCUUCAGGCAGUUACAUUUUGAUGUAUAUAUAUUUCUGGUACAGUAUAUUUCUGAAAAUAAGUACAUGUGGCAGUCGUAUCUUCAUUGUAAUUCCCAGUUAAGGUCAUUGUCUUAGGUAUAUAACCACUUUAUACAGGAGAAAGUUUAGGCAGGUUGUCACUUUAAACAGGUGAUUGUUAAGGCAGGUUGUCAUUUUAAACAGGUGACUGUUUAGACAGGUUGUCACUUAAACAGGUGACUGUUUAGACAGGUUGUCACUUUAAACAGGUGACUGUUUAGAAAUGUUGUCACUUAAGGUAGGUGACUGUUUUAGACAGGUGGUCACUGUGGACAGGAGAAAAAUAUUGUUAUUUUAGAGUUGUUAGCUCACCUAAGCACAAAGUGCUCAAGGUGAGCUUAUGAGAUCACCCAAUGUCUGUCAUCCAUCCUUAACAAUUUGACUGUUAACACACUAGAGGUCACAAUUUUGACCCUGUCUUAAUGAAACUGGUUCAGAAUGUUACCCUCAAUAGAAUCUCAGAUGUGUUAGUUACUGGGUCAUCUGGGGUCAAAAGUUAACUUAGUAGGUUAGUUAUAGGAAAACAUUACUAACAGUAUAGUGGCGGCAUUUUCUAUCUAAUCUUCAUAAAAGCUUGUCAGAAUGUUUGUCUUUAUGAAAUCCAGAUUAAGUAUGAAACUUGUUUACUUGAGAUCUUCAGCUAGUAAACUAGGUCACUUGGUCAAAUCAUAGAAAAACCUUGUUAACACUUAGAGGCCGCAUUUCUACUUGUUUAUCAUCAGUAUUUGUAAAAAUGUUUGGUUCCAUAACAUUAAGGACAAGUUAAAAAUUGGAUUACCCGAGGUCAAAAAUUAGGUCACAGGGUCAAGUCAUAGAAAAAACCUUAUUAAUACUCUAGAGGCCACAUUUUCUGUUUGUUCGUCAUAAAACUUUGUCAGAAGAUUUGUCUCUAUAAAAUUAAGGUCAAGUUCAACACUGGGUUAUUUGUGGUCUUAAACUCGUAAUUCAGUUGGUGAUAUCAAAGAAAAUCUUUUCUACACUCUAGAGGCCACACUUGAUCAUCAUGAAUCAUUGUCAGAAAGUUUGUCUUUAUGAAAUUUAUGUCAAGUUGAAAAGCAGGUUGACUGAGGUAUAAAACAAGGUCACUAGGUUAAAUCAUAGAAAAAGCUUGUUAACACUUUAGAAGCCAUAUUUUCCACUUGAUUUUUAUGGUACUUUGUCAGAAUGUGUGCCUUUUUAAAAUCUAGGAAAAUUUGUAACUUGUUCACUUUGGUGAAAAACUAUGUCACUUGGUCAAAUCCUUGAAAAAACCUGGUUAAUGAUAUGCCUGAUUUACAUAAAAAUGGUCAGAAUAUUUGUAUCUUACCAAGUUUAUUCAUAUUCCAGCUUGUCGAAAAACAAUAUUUCUUAUGGUAUAUGCAUUUACUUAGUGGAAAUCUUCUUGUCAGAAAACACUGGCACUAUUUCAGUAUGCUUGAUUAUUUGCCACACAUGGCGCUCUACCAAAAUUGUUCAAGCAGUCUGCGAAACUCAGGGGAGCGACCUAGCCAUGAUGGCCCCCUUGAUUUUAUUUGUAACUUACUGAAUUUUAUAAAGUUAACUCAAAUACAACAUUCCAUGUUCAUGUUUAUAAUCAGGACAGUGAAAUUUUUGCAACUGCAUUUUUAUCUUUGAAAAUUUUCUGUUUAAUUUAGAUGUCAUGUAACAUGCCUAUGAGAACUGUUAUAUAAUGGUUUAUAUGUUUGAUAUAUUAACGAUAGAUACCCGUGUAUAAUGCGCACCUGAGUAUAAUACGCAUGCCUGAUUUUCGCUGGGAAAAAAAAAAAUUGUCAAUUUUUAGGUCGGUUGAAAACGAAAAUAAAGUUUACAUUGACAUCGGAAAUAAAUUACCUUUGCAGCGGAGAGUGGAAUCGGACUCACUAUAACAUCGAUUUUUGUUUCCUUGAAAAUAAAACCAAUAAAAUAUUGUUAUAUUUGUUGUUUCUUAUGAGGUAUUGUGACCAGUCAUUGUCCGUCGUCCGUCAACAUUUGCCUUGUGAACACUCUAGAGGCCACAUUUGUGACCCAAUCUUUAUGAAACUUGAUCAGAAUGUUUGUCUUGAUGAUCUCUAGAUCAAGUUCAAAUCUGGGUCAUGUGGGGUCCAAAACUAGGUCACCCGGUCAAAUCAAAGGAAAAGCUUGAUAACACUCCAGAGGCCACGUUUAUGACCCUAUUUGCAUGAAACCUGGUCAGAAUGUUGUCUUGAUGAUCUUUAACCCAUGUUCGAAUAUGGAUCAUCUGGGGUCAAAAACUAGGUCACCUGGUAAAAUCAGAGAAAAACCUUGUGCAAGCAAUAGGAGCUGCAUUUUUCAACUGAUGUGCAUGAAACUUGGUCAGAAUGUUUGUCUGCUGGUACACUAGCUCAGAUCAAAGGAAAAGCUUUUAUACAGUAGAUGCCACUUUUUUGCUCCAAUCUUCCCGAAACUUUGGCAGAAUGUUUGUUUUCAUGAAAUGGAUAAGUUCGAAUCUGGGUCAUGUGGGGUAAAAAACUAGGUCACUAGAUCAAGUCAAAGAAAAUGCUUGUUUAUACUCAAGAGGCCACUUUUUUUUGUCCAAUCUUAUUGAAAAUUGGUCAGAAUAUUUGUCUCUGUGAAAUCACUAGGUAAAACAUGUUUACACUGUUAUGGUGUGUUACAAAGGUGAGCGACCUAGGGCCAUCUUGGCCCUCUUGUUUAAUUUAGAUAUUUUUCAGAAUAAAUAGAAAGCAAUUGUUUUCAAUAUCUCGGAGUGGCAUUUUUCAAAAUGACAUGAAAUUCUCAAAACCGAUACCAAAAGGUGUGAUUGCCCUUUGUUACGAUCUGUUAAACUUUAUAGAUCAAGCGACCAGUAAUUAUCAACAAUUAGUGUGAUACUUCAUGUCAGUUUUGUUGUUCACAGUUUGAUUUCUGUUAAAGAUAAUAAUUGAUCUUAUAUUAGUAUUAUAACAUUUACGAUUUCUGAUAUUUCUUUCUUCAAAAUACUUCUAGAUUUAUAUAAAAUUAAUUUUGUUUAAGGAAAAAUAAAGUACUCUUAUCGAUUAGUGAACAUAACAGCAGUCGUAGUUUUUUACUUAGACAUUUAGCACGGAAAGUAGUUUCUCUCUAUCUGAAUGACGAAAAAACGUAAACAAACUUGUUUUAAUGCUGGGAAAUUAUCUACACCUGCGUAUAAUACGCACCCAUGUUUUGGGGGCGGUCCCAGGGGUAAUAAAACGGUGCAUCAUACACGAGUAACUACGGUACACUUAUUAAAUGUCGGUUGCAUGUCUUAAGUGGGUAUUGGUAUGACUUUUCUUAUAUUAUCACAACGGUAUAGCUUUUGUGCUUAGAUAUAGGUUUAGGAGUAGCGGUAACCGCAGAAGUUAUGUUGUUGCCAUGAAAUAAGUUGUUUAUCAUAUUACUAGACAUACCCUCUGGUUAUUAUGCACACUUCCAUUUAUUGGCACGGAUUACAGGAUUCUGUCAUGUACAGUUUGUUACUAUUUUUAAUAAGGUAUCUAUUAAAAUCAAUUAAAGCAACUCUUAAUUUACCUGCUUCUAAAGUAAUUAGCUUGUCUGAAAUGAUGAGAGAUUGUCAUCACUUUUUAGAGCCAUUUUCGUUUCUUGGUUUAGAUAUUUUUGCCUGUACCUUUAAGACCAAUAACCUCUUUUAUAUAUUUAUUAAAUGAGUACAUAGGAAAAGAACCAUAACUCUGUUUUUGAUUUUUCAGAAUUACUUCCCUCUAUUAGUUGUGCAUGUUUCCCUCUGUUGAUUUCAUUCUUGGUGUAUAAUACAUUAUGUAUGUAUUCCUUUACUAGAAAACUGUCAGAAAAAGAGCUACUACCCCUGUAAUUGAACAUCUUAUGUAUGUGGGUUUGCUCAAAUUAAGGUUUUUUUGUUGUACAAAGCCUAGAUGCACUAUCCAUUCCACAACCAGUUGCCAUUUCAUAAACUACUUCCAUGGAAGGUACAACAGAGAUAUUUGGAUAGAGAAACGUCACUUAUCUCGAGACAUUUUAGAACUUGUAUUUUGUAUAUUUUUGAUAUGAUGUUGAAAAUGCAUAAACCAACACAGUUUUGUCAAAACAUGUUUCGCUUUAAUAAGCUUCUUCAGUUGACAAUAACACACAAUGAUACAUGAAAUAUGGAAAUGACGUUGAUGCGCCAAAUGGCAUUUCCCCCAAAAAUGACGUCUUCAAGGGCAGAUAACUCUUUUUCAGUACCGGUGACCUAUGAUUUUUAUUGCAUAUUUUUGUUUCUUAGAUGAUUGUCGGCCAUCAGUAUCCAAAGUAUGAAGAAAUUCUGUCAUUGGGAAAAAUUUUGCCCAUCUAAUAUACAGGGAAUUCUAGCGUACACCUUUACAGGGAAAUAUUAUAAGCUAGAUAGAUUUUGCAUUAUAUUGUAGGGUGUGCUUUUAAGAGGUUAUAUGGUUGUUAAAUUGGUGAGAAAAAUGCUUGUUUAUUCACUAGAAAAUUUGGAGAUGAGCAUUAAUUAGAGCAUGCUCCAUAAUUAGAAUAUUUAUGGAUACAUACUUGCAACCAAAUGCCACUGGAUAUGUUAUCAAUAUAAGGUCUACACUGAUAGGAACUUUGGAUGAAAAGCUUUAAUGUCCGGGUCUAUGAUGGAAGAAAAUUGAACAGAUUUCUGUAGGACUGCUUAUAUAAUACACUGCUGAUAUUGAUAAUCAAAGUGCAAUGCAUAUUGAAUGUUUAAAUAACACAUUUCAUAUUGACUUAUCAGGCAUAUUAGCAAAAUAAAAAACAUUAAACUUCA